CCUUUAUCUCCGCCGGGGUCCGCUGUUUGUAUGUGGGGAAGGAGCGUCAUUACGCAAAGAGGGUGGUUCGGCGUGGAGCGAAGGGAAGCGGCCGAUCCUUCUUUCGUGGUUGGCUGGCUCAGCUGCGGCAGGGGAGGCUCUGGGAGGACUGGCUCGUCGCUGGGCUUUUGCGGUUGCGCCUUGCGCUCCCCAGCAGCGGCUUCCGAGCCUGGGCUGCGUUGGGGUGGUGAGAGGCGGGAACGUCGGCGGGUCUGUCCGAUUCUUCUCCAUGGAGGUGGGCCUUUGCGCCCAGCCCUUGCCUACUGUGCUUGGCUUCCUUUAUUGGCGUGAACAUGAACUGGUAGUGCUGGGACCCGGCGGGGCUGGCUAGUUGGCUGACACGCGGGCGGCUGGCUCCCUGCCUGCUUCGGGGGCGGUCAGUCGAUCUGGUGGGGGGAGGACGGUUUUUGGCGUUUCCCCGCCAUGAACUUCCAGCAACAGCAACAGCAGCUGGCGAAUUCUGCGGCCAUCCGGGCGGAGAUCCAGCGGUUCGAGUCGGUGCACCCCAAUAUCUACUCCAUUUACGAGCUGCUGGAGCGGGUGGAAGAGCCAGUGCUGCAAAACCAGAUCAGGGAGCACGUCAUCGCCAUCGAAGAUGCCUUUGUAAAUAGCCAGGAAUGGACACUAAGUCGAUCAGUGCCAGAACUAAAAGUGGGAAUUGUGGGGAAUUUAGCUAGUGGUAAAUCUGCUCUUGUACAUCGUUAUCUGACUGGUACUUAUGUCCAGGAGGAAUCACCAGAAGGUGGCAGAUUCAAGAAAGAGAUAGUAGUUGAUGGACAGAGUUACCUGUUGCUGAUUAGAGAUGAAGGCGGUCCUCCUGAGGCACAGUUUGCCAUGUGGGUGGAUGCUGUUAUCUUUGUCUUCAGCCUUGAGGAUGAAAUUAGCUUCCAGACAGUGUACCACUACUAUAGCCGUAUGGCAAACUAUCGUAAUGCUAAUGAAAUCCCAAUGGUACUAGUAGGAACCCAGGAUGCUAUAAGUUCAAAUAAUCCUCGGGUCAUUGAUGAUAUUAGAGCACGGAAAUUAUCCAAUGAUUUGAAGAGAUGCAUCUACUAUGAAACUUGUGCUACCUAUGGGCUUAAUGUGGAGCGAGUCUUUCAGGAUGUGGCACAGAAGAUUGUUGCAACCAGAAAAAAACAGCAGCUUUCAAUAGGUCCUUGCAAAUCAUUACCAAACUCUCCAAGCCACUCAUCAGUAUGUUCAGCCCAGGUCUCUGCAGUACAUAUUAACCAGACCAGUAAUGGAGGAGGGAGUUUAAGCGAUUAUUCUUCCUCUGUCCCAUCUACUCCAAGCACCAGUCAGAAGGAACUACGAAUUGAUGUUCCACCUACUACUAAUACUCCAACACCUGUUCGUAAACAGUCCAAGCGCCGGUCCAAUCUUUUCACAUCUCGGAAAGGGAGUGACCCAGACAAAGAAAAGAAAGGAUUGGAGAGCAGAGCAGAUAGUAUUGGAAGCGGUCGUGCAAUCCCAAUUAAACAGGGAAUGCUGUUAAAGCGAAGUGGUAAAUCAUUAAAUAAAGAAUGGAAGAAGAAAUAUGUUACUCUUGGGGAUGAUGGUGUACUGACUUAUCAUCCAAGCUUACAUGACUAUAUGCAAAAUAUUCAUGGAAAAGAAAUUGAUCUUCUGAGAACCACAGUUAAAGUUCCAGGGAAGAGGCCACCUCGUGCCACAUCAGUCUGUGCACCUAUCUCAAGUCAAAGAACAAACGGCUUGUCCAAAGACAUGAGUGGCUUACAUAUUUCACCAAAUUCAGGAAAUGUGACCACUAGUACAUCUGUGUCUCAGAUGACAAGUGGCAUCAGUCUAGUUUCCUUUAACAGUCGACCUGAUGGGAUGCAUCAACGUUCCUAUUCAGUUUCUAGUGCUGACCAGUGGAGUGAGGUGGCAGUUGUGGCAAACUCUGGCAUCAGUAGUGAUACUGGUUUGGGAGAUUCUGUGUGUUCCAGUCCAAGUAUAUCUAGUAACACAAGUCCUAAACUGGACCCACCUCCUUCCCCUCAUGCAAACAGAAAAAAGCAUCGUAGGAAGAAAAGCACCAGCAAUGUUAAAGCUGAUGGUAUCUCAGGAACUGCUGAAGAGCAAGAAGAAAAUUUUGAAUUUAUCAUUGUGUCUCUUACUGGCCAGACAUGGCACUUUGAAGCUACAACAUAUGAGGAAAGAGAUGCUUGGGUCCAAGCCAUAGAGAGUCAGAUUCUGGCCAGCCUACAGUCAUGUGAAAGCAGCAAGAAUAAGUCCCGACUGACAAGUCAGAAUGAAGCCAUGGCCCUUCAGUCAAUAAGAAACGUCAGAGGCAAUUCACACUGUGUAGACUGUGAAAUACAAAAUCCUGACUGGGCAAGUUUAAAUCUGGGAGCACUCAUUUGUAUUGAAUGCUCAGGGAUACACCGAAACCUUGGUACACAUUUAUCACGUGUCCGUUCACUUGACUUGGAUGACUGGCCUGUUGAACUCAUCAAAGUAAUGUCCUCCAUUGGAAAUGAAUUAGCAAAUAGCGUAUGGGAAGAAAAUACCCAGGGCCGUGCAAAACCUGCUCCAGACUCCACGAGGGAAGAAAAAGAACAGUGGAUCCGGGCGAAAUAUGAGCAGAAACUCUUUCUUGCUCCAUUGCAAUGUUUAGACCUUUCUUUAGGUCAGCACCUGCUAAGAGCAACUGCGGAGGAAGAUUUGCGGACUGUCAUCCUGCUUCUUGCGCAUGGGACACGUGAAGAAGUUAAUGAAACCUGUGGAGAAGGGGACGGACGGUCAGCCUUACAUUUGGCUUGCAGGAAAGGAAAUGUUGUGUUGGUGCAGCUCUUAAUUUGGUAUGGUGUUGAUGUUAUGGCCCGCGAUGCCCAUGGAAACAGUGCUUUGGCCUAUGCGAGACAAGCAACGAGCCAAGAAUGCAUUGACAUCCUCCUGCAAUAUGGUUGUCCAGAUGAGCGCUUUGUCCUCAUGGCUACUCCCAAUUUAUCCCGGAAGAAUACUAAUAAGAACAACAGCAGUGCAAGGAUGCCUUCCAUCAUCUGAAGAAUUUGGUUCUUCUUCUCUUUCUUCUACAGCCUUAUAUUAGUUUGUCAGUGGAGAUCUAUAGGUCUAUAAAACAUUCCUUCUCUUCUUCCCCUUUUCAUUUCCAGUAGCAUUGAUAGUGUUAAUACACAAGGAAAAAAAAACUGCAGAAACCAUUUAUAUUAAUACAAUGAUUUUGAAUGAAAAAAUUAUAAAAGGGAGAAGACAAAGAGGGAUUGUGGAUACACUAAUAAUAGCUCAUGACAGUGGACCAUUUUACUGGGUGUCUCUUGGAGACUCCUUUUAGGAGUACGAACUGCUUGAGAGUUACUGGAGAGAGAAAAUAGAGGGAAGAAGAGAAGAAACGGUAACUUUCCUUAACUGACAGCUGAGCGCAUUAGUACAUUUCACCUCUACCAAACUGAACAUUUGGGUUUCAUUCUCUUUUCCGAGGAGCUUGACGGCAUAAAUCAGAGGCAAGCACAGAGUUUGUCAGGUCUGAAGCUCCUAUGAUGGUAUGUGUCAAAUCAGUUGUAGCUAAUCUGUCCAGAGAGAAUACUGGCUUCAUUACACUUGUAUAGUUGAGUUCUUCCAGCAUUACUGCUGUUUAAUAGAACAUGAUUAGUCAUCACGGAGAAAAAAGCAUAUUAGCCGAGGAGGUAGUUACAUGGCACGCUUCGGUGAUUGCUUGGAUGUGAUUGCAAUAUUCUUAGAAGCAUCAUAUUAUCUCAGACAUGUUCUUUCAAGCCCUUGGAGCCCUCCUUUCUAAAUUCACUGUCAUAAUUUAGUAUCUGUUUAAUUUUUCAGACCAAAGAGAGGAAAUCAGUUGCUGAGUAUUAUUUGACUACAGCCUCCUUGGUGGAAAAACAAAAUGGAAAAAAAUAAAAAUAGCUAUGAAAUGCAAAGAGGAAUAAUGAAUACUGCUAGGGAAAAUAUAUUUCAAAUACAUUUAUGAGAAUAACUAUAUAAAAAGGCUUUUUUUCAGUCUUGAGAAAUAUAUUGUGUCAUUUUCACCAAGGUAAAUGGGUUGGGGUCUUUUGUGUGGAUUUCUUAAAUUAAGCAGAUUUUGCAUUGUAUUCCUUGGUUAAAUGUAUAUACAAAUGAAUUGGAAUUCUAAAUGUUCAUAAAUAUGCAUUGAUUUUUUUGUAAGGCACAUACACUUUUGUUAAUUUAUAAAUUGCAAUUGAUGUAAAAUAAUGUGCAGAUAGUUAGAAUCUAAGGGAUCACAGAUCAUAAUGAUAGAUCAUGGAAGCAAUGCCAGCAAAGUAAUAGAUUUUUAUUCCUUCGAUGGAGACCAUAUCUGAUUAUAGUGUUGGCACAUGUUCACAGAAAAAUGGUUAUGAAAUAUGAUUUGAACGGACAGGUUAUUGCCUUCCAGAAGCACAAACAUCCUUCACUGCAUAUUGUUGUGGCACUGUAUCCUGGAAGUGGAAGAUGACUGGAAACUAUAAGCAAAGAAUGCAGAAAAUGGGGUAGGUCCCCAUACUAGUUACUUUGACAUUACUCUUUAAAGGGAAUAUGGCUUUUUGCAUUCCAAAACAAUUUUGCUGAAUAGGCUGACUUGGGAAGAGUUUAAUGUUUAAUUAUAGAAGAUUAUAACCAUUUCAUUAUUUUUUUGUAGCACUGAACUAUUUCUUGUUUUUCCCUCCUUUAUGUGAGUACAGAAAAAAGGAGUGUUGUGGAGAAUGAACAUUUGUUAAUAUUAGACAGAAAAAGACAUGAGCAAUUUUUUAAUGACCAACUGAACGAUUCCAUUAUAUUUUUUUUCUUUGAAGGAAAAGUAUUUGGAGAAAAUAUGGCAUUGAAUUAAAUAUACAUUGAAAAGAUACAAAGAUUGAUUUUUGAAAUGUUCCUUGAAAAUUUGAGAAACAGCUGUGUCGCAUAUAAUAGUUUAUUGGCGUGCUGUUCCUUGGCUUUCUGUUUUCAUGUAUUUGGGUCUCUAAGCUUUUUAAAGAAAAUAGAAGAAAUUCUUUGUGAUAGCAAUCUUACAACAUGAGUAUAUGUUUAUCACUUGGAACAUAUUGAAGCAUAUCAGGGGUGUCUGCAGCAAUCCAAGCUUUGUCAAAAUGACAGAGCAUGGCACUGUGUGGUUCCAAUGCAAGCUCCACUCCUUACGUACUAGCAGAAGAUGUCAUGACGCAGUACAAAAGAGGUGGAGCUUGCAUUGCAAGGUUCCAUCACAGGUUUUGUCAGUUUUCCUCCCUUGAGCCCCCUGUCUAUGAAACAGACACUUCUUUUAAUAUAGCUUCCUUCACAGUUCAUAUGUGAUACUACUACAUAUUGUCUUCCAUUCAUGAGUAGGCCAGUUGACAUGUUCCCGAAUACCUGGGCCAACUACAGGGGAGGGACAGGAGAAUAUCUAGUUUUUCAGAGAGGUGCUAGACUUCUUUUGAGUUACUCUAAAGUAUUAUCUCAGUGAAGAGAUUGCAACCUAAGUUGAUGAGGCAGUUAUCGCCAAGUCCAGCACGAAAGACAGAAUGAACUUUCCCUCUUAGAGCUAUAUAGCAUCUUUUGUAAAUUAGUUCCCAGAUUAAAAGAUUUCUCAAUCAAAAAUACUUUUUUCCCAAUAUUUUCCUAAAUUUAAUUUUUAAUUAUUACUUUGAAUCUUUUCUGUAUGAAAGGUGGGUAGGUAGCUAGGAAGUUAAGUUGAUGAAAAUAUUUAAGAUUUAUAUUGAGAAUAUAUACUACAAGCCCAGAGUAGUUCCUGUAACUAAAGCAUUGGAAUAUUUAAGUUUGGACUAGCACAAUUAUUUUGACCUACAGUGACAGUCUUGAAUCUUUAAAGUGAGGAGAUUUGAAACUCUCUAAGGAAGUUUUUGUGGGAAACAUUCAAGCUUUUUCACAUCCUUUAUAUUAUGUGUAUACAAUAUCUAUAUAUCAAUACUGGGGGAUCUUUAGAUAGAAGUAAUUCUUCAUAAUCUCCCUUGAGUUGACCUUGACUCUUGAUGACCACAUUGAGACAUCUAUGUUAUUUUCUUGGCAAAAAUAUGGAAGUGGUUUCUCUUCACCUUUUCCAAUAUUUUAUUUUAAUUUCCCAAUCCAGUGCCAAGCUUACAAACCUGGGGUUUUCUGCUGGUCUUCCAUCCAAGAACUAAUGAGGUCCAGUUAGAUGUUGCCACAUGCUAUGAUUAUAUCGUAACAAAUUAUACACACACACUCUUAAGAAAUAAAGCAGAAGGGUGGGAGCUAAAAGUUUAUAUAUACGGUACAUAAACUUGCACACAUAAUUUUAGCUUCCUCCCUUCAGCUUAAGAAUGUGUCUUAAGAGCAUGCACAUUAAUAUGUCAACAUUUAUCCUAAUUGCCAGUUAUACUGUAUACAUUCAAUAUUACCAAGAUUGGUGACUCUUUAGAUGUUUGCACAACUUUUAUAUGUAUCUGUGGUUUGCUCAAAGUGCUUUAAAAAUGUAGUCUCAGGCCAGUGCAAAUUCUAGUUCUUUUGUUUAGCAUUUGCACUGUAUUUUUGCUAAUUUGUCACAUUUUGAAUCAAACAUUCUCCUGCAUAUUGAUCCCGGUUCCUUCCCAAUAUGUGUCUCUUUGUGUCUGUGGCUACGUAUGGAUGUAUAUAUACCUAUUUCCAGGGCGCUAUCCCCAGCUUUUAGGGAAAUAAUUACAAAUAUCCCUGAUUUAUUUUAUAGUUCAUAAACUUGUCAGAUAUCCAAAAAUAAUUUGAUUUCAAUUAUCAAACAAUACUUCUAGGAAUGGAUUAAGGUCUGUACUGAAAUCUGAUAAUAAUAUAAAAGGACAAAUGUAUUUUCAAAACAAACAGUAGUUGUUUAAGCAUUCCACUAUUUCUUAACUUGACCAUUUUUAUUUUUAUUUUCGCUUCAUCAGCAACAGUUUCUUUACUGGAAAAAUACAGCUGUCCACUAAGAUGAUUGUUCCCUUUGCAUAUAUGUGUAAAUAAAGUAGUAAAUUUCAUCAGUAAGAAAUCAGAAAAAUAGUUACUUUGAAAAUUCUUUCUCCUUCUGCAAAAAUGAAUCUAUUAUGGGCUUUAUUAAUAUCCUCUACUUAAGUUACACCUUUCCAAUCCUGCAUUUAACUAUUAAAAUUAUUUAACUAUUAACUAUUAAAGAGCAAUUCACAUUUAUAAUUAUCAGCUCCUAUGGAAAAAGGGCUGCCAGCUGUUAAAAAAAACCUGGUAACUGGAUGGACUUAAAAUGGAACUCAGAGAGAAAAUCCCAUUCAUUCAUCUACAGUGUACAGCUGCUGCAUAUGCUUGUGCGACCAUUGUCACCAAGGAGUGCCAUUUAUAGAUGCUAUCAAAUCAUACAUAACCCCCCCAAAAAAUCCAGACAACAUCUGUGCUACAGCCAGAAAGCAGAUUAUCUUCAGAGCGAUAAUUCACCAAAAUAAGGCAGCAGCAAACAAUGGAUAAAGUGCACUAUGUGAUGAUGGUAUUGGAAGCAUCUGUCUUUUUCACAGCCAGGGAGGCAGCACAUAUUCUAAUUCUCUUAUUAGGACAAGAACAAAUAUACACAUUGUUUAAUUGUAUCUCUGUGUGUGUAUGUGUGAAGAGAGAGAGAGAAUGAUUACAGGCUUGACCUACUGUUCCUGCCAAGUACAGUGGCAGGAACAAGUACACAACAUUUCUUGAUCCCAAGUGGAUAAAUGAAUAGGGCUGAGCAGGGCUGGUUGCAGUGUGUUCACUGAGCUGUGCAAAUGUAAUGACAGAUUCACCUUGCCCUCAACCUGCCAAAUUGCCAAAAGCAGGUGGGGGUGGGUAGGUUUUGCCAGUUCCUUUCACAUUUCCGGUGCUGUCCAGACAUUCACAUUUCCUUUCUUCCCUCAAACAGCUCAUUUAAAUAAUAUGAAGAAAAGUAUCUUCUUUUUGACUGACAAGUCCAGAUAUAACUAUUCCUCUCCCCUUCAAUUUGCCAAGCUGAAGAAAAUAAAAGAGAUUUUCUUCAACCAAAAUGGAGGUAACAUAAAUCUUUAACUUGGAACUCUGCACUUUUCAGAAAUUGCUAGAAAAUCAGAGUUGUUCUAGAUUAAAUGGUUAGGGGUCUGGAACAUGUUCUUUCUAAGUUCUGUCUUUAGUAUGGCUAUGUUCAUUGCAUCCUAUAUAUUUAAUCACUUUCACAUAUUUUGUGAACAUUAUUCUUGACACUUUACGCAUUGUAUUUCACAGAGAUUGAUGCUCAGCAACAUAAUGUAGCCUUGGCUCUGAAGCCUACUUUGACCUCCAUUGUUACGAAAAGUUUGCCUUUAUAUGUCUACAUGAAAUAUUAAUAUAAUAAAUGCCAAGUACAGGUUUCACUAGUGGAAUUUACAACAUCUUACUAUUUAUCUUACGUAAUUGUUAGAGAAUGCACAUCUAAAGGACCAAAAGUUGUUUCAUUAAUAUUUUUGAAGAACAUAGCUGUAAUUCUGUUUGACAAGUGCUAUCUUCAAACAUCAUCUUAGGCCUUCUUUCGGUAAAGAAAGUUACCUACUUUUACUUCAGUGGUCCACAAUUACUAGCAUCCUGAUCUAUGCAUUCAUCAUAAUAUUUGUGGUUUAAUGUUUUUCUUAUUUAUUUUUUAUUUAAAACAAAGGUGUAUUUCAGAAAAGAUAAUAUCAAUAAAUGGACAGAGAAUUACUAAAAUUAUACAAUUAAUGCUCAGUAUGAUAUUAAU